AUGGUCUCCUUUACUUUGUUGUCAGCCAUCACCGCCAGUAUCCUCCCUCUAGUAGCAGCGGAUGCCUCAAAGGACGGCUCAGAGUGGAGAUUCCUGAUGCAAUUCUUGGACUCCGCCAAAAGCAGUGAUGACGCAGCUAGUCUGCGAUCCAGUACCUACUGGAACCCGGCCAAAGCUAGGAAUUUUCCUGGAGGCAUUUUGAAAGAGUUGUCCGAGUCAGAACGGUGUGAUGUGGUGAUGUACUACCCCAAUAUGAAGCAGAGAGGCAAAGACAAACUCGAUGGGAAAGACAUGGCGGAUACCUAUGGGGUACCUUUUGCGAUAGCGCCCCUGUGUGGUGGAAAGGCUUCACCAACCGAAAAUGACCAGGAUUAUCCCAUCUCCGAAUCAACGGUUGUGUUCCAUCAAUUAUAUCCCAAUCCUGGAUUUGAAGACGAUGUUUACGUGCGGUUCCAGAUCACGCCUACCGUUGGUGAAAAUGGGAAACCGCUAAAAAAUGCAGAACCACGCAAGCCUGCUGAAGAAAUGAUUUCAACCCGCGAAUUUUACCCGCUCGUGUUUGACGAUGGAUUUUUUGACAAACUCUCAAGAAUUGUUGCGGCUGGAGGAGAGAAAGCUCAGAAAGCGUUCAAUCUAGCCUUUAAUGACACCUCCAGCAAUGAUGAACACGAUAACGGUCUUCCUCCAAUUCCUCAGAUGGUGCAAGCAUACAUUAACAAGCAUCACAAUGGUACUUUACCGAACCCUUACCUGCAUGGGAAGGGUAGCAAGAUCUGGGCAGAGUACACUGGUCUGAACACAUUCUGGGGGUACAACGAGGACGGGACUUGGAAUACCACCCCUCCUAAGAAACCGUAG